AUGAAGCUUAUCGACGCUAUGGGCUAUGCAGUUGGCGUUUGCGCUUCACUGAACGGUGUUUGCCAUCCGUUCAUUUUUGCUUUCGCGCAUCGUGAUUUCAAAGAAGUAUUGCAUCGCCAAGGUGGCUUAAUCCAGAAAAUAUCGGCAACUAGCUCACACUUCACCAGUGGAAGAGCUCCAACCGUUAUUGACAAUAUUUCUGAAGUUGGUGAGACCACUGCCACAUCACCCUGUGGCUGGCUUGCUGGUAAUACCGGCAUUCACUAA